AAUAAAUGCAGAAUUCUUUCAUGCUGUUAAAUGCGUUAAACCAAUAAAAACAAUGGUUAAUGAAGUAGAAGAACCUUAUAAUGAUAAUAGUGAUACUGAACUAGAGCAACUAAACUAUAAAAAGGGAAUAAGGUAUGCAGUUUGUCAAGUAGAAGUAAUAGUUGGAAAGAAAUGUGAAAAAACCUAUAAGGUUGGUACAUCCACUAGUAAUUGCUUUGAACAUCUUGCAAAUAUUCAUGGGAUAACUAAGGA